AUGCAACCUAAAAAGGCUGGGAGUUCUGACUCAAUGACAAAUGGUCCUAAUGAUCGCAAGAAACACUUGUUCAUACUUGUACAUGGCCUUUGGGGUAACCACAAGCAUAUGGACUCCAUUAAGGAGAUGAUGGAGAAAAAGCUGGACGGCAUCGAUGAUAUUGUGAUAUUCAAGCCCGAGAACUCUGGGUACAUCAAGACUCUCCAUGGGAUUCGGGUGGUGAGUUAUAAUGUCUUGGAUGAGAUUUGUCAGUUUGUGAAGGAUUAUGGUGUAGAAAGGUUUGACAGAGUGAGUAUGAUUGGAUAUUCAAUGGGAGGGCUAGUUUCUCGGUUUAUUAUUGGCAAGAUGGUUACUGAAUGUAAGGACAUUUUCGGAAAUAUGACACCAGUGAUCUUUAUGACGUUUGCCACACCUCAUCUUGGUGUUAAUUUCUUCCUUCCCGCAGAUGUCAAGAGGCGUACGGUAUAUCGUAGAGUACUGAAUACAGUUUUGACUGGGUUAGGGAAGACCAUCUUAGGCAGGAGUGGUUCUGAAAUAUUUAUUAGCAAUAAAAACGACCGGAUUUUAGUAGAUAUCUCUCAGGGUGAAUAUCUGUACGGAUUAUCGAGAUUUAAGCACCGUGUUUGUUUUGCAAAUGUAAAGAAUGAUAGAACUGUGGCAUUUUACACCGCUAUUAUUGGGAAUUGUGAUCCAUUCAUAGAGACUGCAAAUACCCUAGACUAUCGAUUUAAUCACGAUUUGCCAAUUGAUGUGAAUAAUUACCCAGUACAGCCUAGAAUUCUUGUUUUAGACGAAUUGGAUCCCACUGUAUACAGAGCUAAAGAGGAAAAGCCGCCUGUAUCGUUAAAGCAUCGUGUUAAUAGAAUAUUAUUUCUCAUGCUAUUACUGAUGGUAUUCCUUCCGCUUGCAAUUCUCAUAAAUACUUUCGGGACUUGCUAUAGUUACAUUACGACGUCACGUCACCAUGCUCUUUUGAAGAAAGGUCGUCAUAAAGUACAGUCUCAUGAAGAUAUGUUUACCUCGCUUAUGUCUUCUUUGAGGAGUAUGAUCGGGGACACAAUUAACGAUGAGCAAGAUAAAGGGCAAGAUAAUGACUCUGAUUGGUCGUUAGAUAAGAACACUCUAAGCCGUACAAUUACCAAUGACUCCGCUCUUAUGAACGACGCUUGGGAAAAGUUUAUCCAUUCUUACUCUAAAGUAUGGAGUCACGAUAAGUUCCCCAGUCUUCCUUUUGACGAAAGUAGAACUACAAUAUAUCAAAAUCUAUCGAAACUAAGUUGGAUUAGAAUACCGGUUUAUGUAAAAGCAAUGAACGCCCACGAUGGCAUCGUUGCAAGAAAGGGUUUGGACAAAGCAUCCCCAUACGGAGUGGCCAAUGUUAUGUUCGCAUGUGAAUUGAUUAACCAUUUGUUGGAAUAA